AUGUCGUCCCUUGCUUGUGUUGGAAAUGACAAAACCAUGAACAUUAACCCUCUAAUUCUGACCAAUAUCCAGUCCUCUCUGUACUUCAAGAACACUCUGGUGGAAAUAACAUCCUACGGGGAUAUAAUCGACGAGAUCUACAACCGAGUGUCCCACUUGGAGCCAUGGGAGAAGGGAACCCGCCACCAGGGAGGUCAGACAGGAAUGUGUGGCGGGGUCCGUGGAGUGGGGUCGGGAGGGAUCAUCUCCAGUUCAUUCUGCCUCCUCUACAAACUCCACACCAUGAGACUUGGGGGGAGACAACUCCACGGACUCAUCACCCACCGGGACUCCCCCUACAUUCGGGCUAUGGGCUUCAUGUACCUCCGAUUCACACAACUCAAGACUCUUUGGGGGUGGUUCGAGCCAUUCCUCAACGACCACCAGCCUAUUGACGUGAAGGCGGGGGGAGGCCACGUUAUUUCCAUUGGGGAGAUGCUCAGACUGUGGUUGACCAAGCUGGAUUGGUUUGAGACUAUUUUCCCCCGCAUUCCUGUGCCAGUCCACAAGGAGAUUGAUGCCAAGUUGAGAGAACUGGGUCCGUACAAGUCCCCUGUUGAGGAGAAGGGGAGAGAACGGAGUUACUCCCCCAGUCCGUCUCCCCCUCCCAGACGUCGACGACACCACCGGAGAGAGACCUCCUAUGAACGAAGAUUGAGGAAGGAACACGAACGAAUGAGGAGAAGACGUCGAUGA